GUGCUGCGAAUGACAAAAUGGCAGUUUCUGAGAGGAACCGUUAUUAUCGGGUCUCAGUAUUCAUCGUCCUCAUUGUGUCCGUCCUCGACAAUGCUCUCUGCAUCAGGUUUCCGGAUCGGGUUUCUCAACCGGCUCGCGACCCGCCCGACCAACAGCGAUUGCAGACAGCGGUCUUCGCUCUCGGAAGCUUCUGGAGAUCCGAAGCGGUGUUCGGGUGCUUGCCCGGAGUUAUUCGGACCACAGUUGGCUACGCCGGCGGAUCUAAGCCCAACCCGGAAUAUAGAAGCUUAGGUGACCACGCCGAGUCCGUUCAGGUUGACUAUGAUCCACGGCUGAUUAGUUUUAGGGAACUCCUGGAUGUCUUUUGGUCGAGCCACGAUCCCAGGCAAGUGUAUGGCCAAGGUCCUGAUGUGGGUAAUCAGUAUAGAUCUAUUAUUUUUGUUAAUGGAACUGAAGAAUCAAGAAUGGCUGCUGUCAGCAAGGAACAGGAACAAACCAGGUCAAGAAGCAGCAUUGUGACUACUCAAAUUCUACAACUUGGAAUAUUUCACCCUGCAGAGCCAGAGCACCAGAAAUUUGAACUCAAACAGAAUACCUUCCUUCUUCAGUUAAUUGGUAACCUGCCUGAAGAGGAGCUAGAGAGGUCAAGCCUGGCAACAAAAUUGAAUGGAUUUGUAGCUGAACUUUGUCCUUCACAUAUCCAAAAGCAUAUUGAUGCGAAGAUCAAUGAGAUUAUAAAAAAGGGUUGGCCCAUUUUGAGGGAAUUGUAGUUGGCCAUAGAGGAAGCUGCUCAGAUUAUCAUUCUUCAGCUAUCGUGCUUGGCAGUACCUUUAGGUCUGUUUCAAUAGCUUGUACCAGGUGCAGGGCUCGAAAUAUCGAAAGUGCUGCGCAUAUGGUUCUCGCCAAUUAAACCAUUGCCUUGUAUUUAUUGUACUUGCAAUCCUACUCGAGUCUCCCUCAUCCAUUGAAAAUGAUACCCUUAUUUACUUGUGGUCUCUUACAUUUCCCUUU